AUGGCCGCGCUGGCGGCCGGAGAGGCGGCGCACCAGGAGCCGGCGCCCGGCGCCCGCGCCGUCUCGGCGGAGGGCUGCGCCCUGGUCUGCGCUGUCUGCCGCUGCUUCCUGGGCGAGCAGUGGGACUCCUUCGAGCGCAGCCGCACGCCGGUGGAGAAGCGCAUGUACUGGCUCAAGCGGCCCCAUCAGUGCGAGGCGGCGGCGGCGGCGGCGGCGGCGGCGGGGGGAGCCGGGCUGCGGCGGGGGACCACGGGCUGGGACCCCUCCGCCGAGCCCCUCUCGGAGCCCGAGGGGGCGGGCGGCGCGGCGCGAGCCCCCCCGGCGGCGGGGAGCGAGCGGGGGCCCCCCUGCUGCUCCUCGGACAGCGAGAUCAACAUCACCAGCGAGGAGGAGGAGGAGGAAGGCAGCGAGCGGCCCGCUUGGGCACCGGGCACCGCCUGCUACAUCUGCGGCAGCCCCUUGGCACCCGGCGCCCAGCACCGCGUCCACGUGCAGAAGCAGGAGAAGACCUCGCCGGGACCUUUCUUCCCGUUCCUGUGGCUGCACAGCCCCCCUCCGGGCGCCCAGCCGCUGUCCCCCACCGGCAGCACCCUGGUGUGUCCCUGCUGCUUCGCCUCCCUCAUGCAGCAGUGGCAAAGCUUCGAGCUGGCCAACGUGCCCGUGCUGCAGCGGCUCUACGUGGUGCCACUCAGCGCCGGGGCCAUGCCCGCCAAGGGUCGCCGGGGGAUGAAGGAGGACGGGACGGGCAUCCCGCCGGUGCCCGAGGCUUGCUACCUCUGCGGGGAGGAGUGCGGCAAGGAGGCGAGGCCGGUGGCGGCCAAAAUCACCAACGGCAACGCGAAGAGCACCAUGCAUUUCCCCUUCCUCAGCCUCCUGCCCUGCCCGCCCGGCGCCAAGGGGCUGAACAAGCACUGGGAGGUCAGCAGCUGCCGCAAGUGCUUCGGGGUGCUGCAGGACCUGUGGGCCAUGUACAGGGCCUGUCACAACGAGGAGCUCAUCUCCUCCGUGCAGAGUUUCCUGGGGAGGUACCACCAGGUCUUCUCCGCUGGUGACCUCUCCGGCCACCCCGCUGUCAUCAAGCCUGGUCCCACCUCUGUCUGCUACAUCUGCGGGGCCGAGCUGGGUGCUGGCAAAGAGUUCCAGCUCAACGUCAACCCUCCAGGGCGAUUUGGGGAGAAGGAGCCCUUUUUCCCCUUCUUGACGGUCUACCCUCCCGCCCCGCGGGCCAGACCGGCCGACUCCACCGGGCUGGUGGCCACCUGCAUCCUGUGCUACCACGACCUGCUGGGACAGUGGCUGCAGCACGAGGGCAGGAACUCCCACCACCCCAGCAGCGCCUGGUCCCGGCAGUACAAAGUGGAGACCUUCGUCUGCUUCUUCUGCCGGCAGGAGAAGAAGCGAUGCCUUGGAUUAAGAGCGGUUCAAGUGGCCAGACUUCCCGUCUUCCUCUACACCCUGCGCGUGGCCAACAGCCUGCUGGUGGACGAUGGCAAGCAGCUGACCAUCGGCGCCUGUGCCGAGUGCGGGGCCGUGGUCCUGGCUGGCAAGAGCAUGACCCCGCCAGAGCUGCUGGCAGUGGCACCCCCGUCUCUCCUCCCCAAGGUAAGGCAGCUGGUCCAGACCCCAUCCCUCCUUCCCCAGCGCUUCCCAGCUCUGGAAUCCAGGAGGAGUUGGAGCAGCGAUGUAGAUGGAUGCUCUUCUUUUGGGUCUGGUUCCUGGGGGCAAGUGCUAAUGGAUGGGGUGCCUUUAGCAAUGAACUUUUUGAGCUGUCAAGCUGCGAAGGAACAGAUAAAAAUCCUUCCAGGAGGUGGGAAGAGCCAAGACCUGUCCUGUUCCAGAAGUGUCUGUGCUGUUGGCAGCUUCGCAUGAGGGAGGUGGGAGCCAGGACAGAGGAAAUCCCAAUCCUGUCCAGCUUGCCAUCAAGGGUUCUCAGAGGUGCCAGAGGGCUGCCUGGCCUGCCCUCCAUGGGAGCAUCCUUGGGAAUCUGGAAGGAGCUCAUGGGCUCUGUAGGAAACUUCCCAACUUAUUCCCAUUUUUACAAUGUGCCUUAAUGAAGGGAUUUCCCUUGGAGAAGCCCCAGUUCUUCCCACAGCUGGUGGGGUGAGCGCAGAGCUGGGUGCCUCCCACCCAUGCUGCUCUUGUUAUCCUGCAGUGGGGGCUCCCCAAAAGCCCUGCAACCCUGAAGGAUGUCACGGAUGUCAUCAUCCAGGUGCUGCCAGAUUCCCCAGUUGCUCCUUUCUGUGGCUCCCCCUGGGGUUACACAGGUUGCUUUGGGGGCAUCACCUCAAAAGCACAUAGCAGAGCAAAAGUUUAUUCCUCCCAAGCUUGUCUUUCUCGUGGGAUGAGGAAAUAACAGCUUUUACCCCCAAAUUUCCAGCUUGUGGGAGCUCUCCAGAGCCAGUGCUCUGUAUCACCAAACCAGGCCCCAGGCUGAGCUCUGUCAAAUGCCAACAUCCCAAAUCCCCGAGGUCAUUUUCAAAGACUUUCAGUUCCAUCCAUAGCCAGAACCCUGCAGCUCUCUGAGGCACUGGCAUUUUCUUUAGAAAUGUAAACCAGUCCUUCCAAGACAGCGCUCCUUUUCUCUCCCGUUGCUUUCCCUUGGCUGCUUACAAAUAUGAUUUCCCAUUCAGCUGUGCUGGCUCCUGAGCUGGGGGGGACACUGCUUGGAAAGCCACCAGGCAGGAGCUGCAUUCACCUGGAGGGUGCCAGGAUGGCACAGGGGGUUGGGUUGGGUUGGCACCAGAACCCUCUGGAAGUUGUUGCUUUUGGGGGGUUUCCCCAAUGUCUGUCAGCCUGAGCUGGAUGGUCUUGACAUAAUUUUGGGUAAUUUGUGGAUGGAAGUCGUUUAUUUUCGUGGUUGCUGGGUGGGUUGUGAUGCCCAUGUGGUCACAGGUCUGGUGGCAUUUGCAAGGUGCUGGUGGCCAUGGGGGACUCGGGAGUCAAGUGAGCCACCCCUGGUGCUGAUCCAGGGGUGAUGCUGGAGUGCCCCAGCAGAGCCCAAGUGGCUGCAGCUGGUGACAGGGGCAUCAUCUGCAUGUCCCCAGCUGGUUUUUCAGGCCUCUUGGUGUCCCCAGGCCACCUCAUGGGGACAUUAUGGACAGCAAUUCUCUUCCAGCAUGGAUGGGUGCUCUGGGAAUCCCGUGGGAUUCCUUAGUGACCCCCCCACAUCCCAGCGUUUUUCAGGCACGCCAGCCCUCGUUCCCACUGGCCCCAAUCCCCAAGUCCCUCGAGGACACAGAAGGGACACUAUUGAGUUCCUCCUCUUGUUCCUGGGUUUGCUAAUGAGCAAAUUAAGGGGCUGCUGCAAGGGGCUGAGUGGAAGGAGGCACAGCAGAGCUGCCUGGGGACAUCGUGGCUGGGCUCUGCCGUGUCCUGGUGGAGACUCUGGCUGGCCAGAAGGUCCUGGCACUUUUUCCCUCCCUGUCUCCACAUGCUUUCCAGCAGGCUGAGACCUCACAGAUGUCAAGGUUAUUUAAAACACGGCUUAGUGCUUGGGUAGGGCACUUGGUUAAUUUAGCUGUACCCUUGUUCAGCCACGCUUGCUGCUGAAAGUCACCCCAGAUGAGCCUUUCACUCUUGUGUGACACCCAGGUCCCCGUUCCAAUGGGACCAGGCUGGAGGGAAUGAGCCUGAGCAGUUAAAAUCAUUUCCCCAGUUCUCUUUCAGCUCUGCAACUUCAUUUUUGGGCUGCACUUGCUUUUUCACACCCUCUGCACACAGCUGUGGUUUGCUGCUGUCCUGCCUGUGCACAGUUUAGACAAAUGGCUCAAAGCUUGAGGUCAAUACCCCAAAAGCCACCAGACACCCCCACAUCUCCCUCUUUUAGCAGGGCAGCAAGAGCAGGAUGGGGCUAAGGUCAUCUCUGUGGCAGUGUGGAGGUGCUGAUGAGGGACCCUCACAUCUGAGGCUUGUCAGGAGGGAGGAGCCACUGAUAUUUUUGGAUGGGUGGUGCCUCUGCUGCUGGUUUGGUGGUGGGGAGCAGUGGAACAAGUGGUGCUCUGUGGAGGUGUGGUGGUGCCUGAAGCUCUCCCUGCUACAGGAGGAUCUCCUGGAGGUGAGCUCUGCAGAACCCUUCUGUGGUUGAUAUGUGUGGGGUGGGUUUGGGUUCUCCCCUCCAAGAAAACAUGGCAGUGCUGGGUGUAGAAAGGGCAUCUGGCUUGGGCAGCCUUUGGCUUGUCACCCUUGGUCCCCAGAUGUGCACUGUGAAAAUGGAUUUUCUCUCCAGCUCUGCU